GAGAACAACAUGAUAGUGUAUGUAGAAAAAAAAGUAUUGGAAGACCCUGCUAUAGCUAAUGAUGAGAAUUUUGGACCAGUGAAGAAGAAAUUUUGCACCUUUAGGGAAGACUAUGAUGAUAUCUCCAAUCAGAUAGACUUUAUCAUUUGCCUGGGAGGAGAUGGGACCUUGCUUUAUGCUUCUUCACUUUUCCAGGGUAGUGUACCUCCAGUUAUGGCUUUUCAUCUGGGAUCCCUUGGAUUUCUUACUCCAUUUAAUUUUGAGAAUUUUCAGUCCCAAGUCACUCAGGUUAUAGAAGGCAACGCCGCUCUGGUGCUGCGGAGCAGGCUCAAGGUGAGGGUGGUGAAGGAGCACAGGGACAAAGGCUCGGUGCAGAACGGGAUAGAGGAGAAUGGAGUCGUGUCUGCAACCCUGGAGAAAGAAGUGGGCAAACAAAUUAUGCAAUAUCAGAUCAUGCUCUCCCCCGAUGCCAGGAACACGGCGUGGGUUUCCUUUGAUGGCAGGAAGAGGCAGGAAAUCUGCCAUGGAGACAGUAUCAGCAUCACUACCUCCUGCUACCCCCUGCCCUCCAUCUGCUUCCGGGACCCCGUCAGCGACUGGUUCGAGAGCCUGGCCCAGUGCCUGCACUGGAACGUGCGCAAGAAGCAGAACAACUUCGGCGUGGAGGAGGAGGAGUUCUGAGGGUGCCCGGCCAGCAGGGCCUGGCAGGGCAGGGUGGCAGAGUCCUCCCUUCU